CAGACUGUGCUGCCACUUCGUUUAAAUACAUUUGUUAUGGUUACUUCACCCGAGUACGGCAGUUUUGCUUUCUACGCUGCACCGUUCGCCGUCUUCGUAUUGUAUAUAUUUUUAAGAAAAUAAAAUAGGUCUUGUAAGAAAACAAAAUUAAAGUACAAGUUGACAUCAGAAUGACAAAUUCCAAUACGGACACGGGCGAUACAACCAUCCUGGCAACCAGGACAAGUGCGACGAUGCAGACCAAUGAAAAUGAGCUCCAAGAUCUGCAACCCCGCGAGUCGCUGAUAACUACUGCGGUGAGCUUUCUACAGAACAACAAGGUGCGCCACACAACGCUCAUCCAAAAGCAGCAGUUUCUGCGGUCCAAAGGUCUUACGGCCCAUGAAAUAGAAUUGGCCUGCGAACGCGCUGGUGUUUAUACCCAAGAUCCGAAUAAUCCAAACACGGUUAUAAAUAUUGGGUCACAGUUAGCAGUGCAGCCGCAGCAAACAACAUUUGGAAGACUGCGUGAACUACUCCACUCCACGGCGGUUUUUAGUGGACUGGUCUAUGCCAUAUAUUUGUUCUGGAAGAAGUACAUUUCGCCGUUUUUGUUUGGAAAGCCGAAGAGAAAGCCGGUUGACGUUGCUCUAGAGGACAUUGAUAAGAAGGUCGAUACGCGCAUUGAGGAAAUAAACAAAGAAAUUAAUGUCGUCAAGGACUUGAUAACGGUGCAGCAGAAGGAGCAAACGCAACAGCUGACCCGUGAAUUCAGCAAUUUCCGCAGUGACUUAGAUGCCAUUAAGGGCUUGCUAUUAAACCGAAAACAAUUCGCCUCCCCACUGGCCGCCGUAACAGCGCCUUCCAUACCCGCGUGGCAACUAGCCAGCUCACCUCAUCAUCAUCAUCGCCAUAGCCAAUCUGACGAUAUUGAAAAAGUCGACGAUGCCGGCUCUGGAUCGGGUUCAUCCGAAACCGAAGUUGUCACCAAAAACAGUGAUUCUAGCUUAGAGAUCAUGUGAACACAAUGCAGAUGCUAAUUCGUUGGGCGAUAUAUUGUUAUAUAUAUAUACAUACAUACAUAAUUAUAGAGAAAAAGGCAUAUGUGUAGAAUACAGAGAAAUAAACCAAGUUGUAACAUU